GGGAGGGGGCCAGGGGAAGGGAGGUGGACAAGGCAGAGGCAAAGGCAGGCACAGGCACGGCCCGCGGUUCGCGGCAAUGGCGUAUGCCAGCUCUUCCGUCAGCUCCAUGUGUAUCACAGGUGCGUAUCAGAGGCCGGGUUGCGUGGCCGCCAAGCGGCGACUUGUUACAACCACAAGCGCAGGCACCACUGGCAAGACGUCGUCCGCCCUUGCCUCCCGUCUCGGCCCAGUUGAAUCGACCUGGAUUGCUAACACGCCCACAGAGCCGGCGUCCGCAGGGCUUGCCACGUCAGGCGCGCGGGAAGGCGAUCCCGACGCUGCCGGUAAUCUCGGACUAUGGCGGCAACAUCGCUUGCGGCCCACCUCGUGGUCGCCAUAUCCGCUUGCCGCGGCUUUCGAUGGCGCGCACAGAACACGUUCGGCCGUGGGAUUGACGUUGGUGUGCAGGGCGCAGAGCGGGGGGGAUGCGGCGGGGUCGGAGGGAGCGGAGAGCGCGGCUUCCGGUGACGUGGCGGUCCAAGACGCGUAUAUCACCAAGCUGCCCGAUAAAAAUGCCGCGCUUUAUCGCCAUAGCCUUCCCGCCAUCGAGUCAUGGCUGAGGGGCUUAAAAUUCGAACAGACGGACGAAGAUGACCCUGCCCGCUGGACCGUUCGUCGACCCGAUUGGCAUGCUGAGCUGUCACUCGAGGCUACAGAGCUGGUCAUCAGGUAUCUGAAAAGCGGGCCUGGAAGCCUUUCACGUGAUGUGGAGCGCAAGUUCAGCUAUGCUCUGAGUCGAAAAGACCUGGAGAAUGCAAUUCUUGGAGGUCCUUGAUUGAUUUCUUCUUCGUUCGCCUUAAUUGCCUUCAUCAUCAUCACAUCUUCUGCUUCUUCUUCCUUUUCUUCUCCCUUUCCUUCUUCUUUUUCUUCCUCCAUCUUCUGCUUCUUCUUCCUUUUCUUCUCCCUUUUCUUCNCCUUUUCUUCUCCCUUUCCUUCUUCUUUUUCUUCCUCCAUCUUCUGCUUCUUCUUCCUUUUCUUCUCCCUUUUCUUCUUCUUCUUCUUCUUCUUCUUCUUCUUCUUCUUCUUCUUGGUGGUGGUUCUUCUUGCUUCUUGCUUCUUCUUCUUUUGGUUCUACUGCUGUCUGUCGCUGCUGUUGCUCUGCUGCUGUACUGCGCAAGUUGCUCUCUAUUCUUAGAUGAACUGCAGUUUCAAGGGCAUUUCGGGCCGGGGUUAGAGGAAGGGGGGGUGGGGGGGGAGUGGGGGGGUAAUGGGGAUACGAGUUGGGGAGAUCCGUAGAGAGGUGGAUAGGUAGGUGUUUUGGCGGAGGAAAAGGGGUUUGUGGAGGGGCUGGGGAGGGGGGUUGCACAGAGAAUUGAACGAGGAGGAAAAGGCCGGGGUAAGCUAAAGGCGGGAGAGGAAUGCCUGCCAUUGUCGAAAAGGAUGUAAGAAUAUCUGGUAUAUUGUCAGAAAUGAGAUUUUUUUUGUUUCCUGUUUUUCUUUCAAAGAAACUUUGGUUGAUGAGCUGUCCAUUUUGUGAAAUGGGAACUGAAAGGAAUGGCGGAUGCCAUACUUUCCUAAAUGUACGGCCCUUGGAUGCAUCUGACUGCAAUCAUGUCCAGAGCUUAGUAGAAAAAGUCCUCUAGGACGUAGAAUUCUUUUCACUGGCAUGGCAUGUCCCCCCACUCUUUUUCUGAUUGCUCCCUCUAGACCUUUUGUUCGUCUCUCCACUACUCACCAAAUGUUCAAAAUGAGAAUGAAUCUUCUGCUGGAACAGGGAAACAUACAGUGCCGUACUUUUUGUCUUUUGUGCCUGUGGUGAGCAGUGGAGCGAAGCUCUUUGUGUGAUCUAUCUGUAGAUUCCGUGAAUUCCACAAUCAAAUGUCUAAUUCAAU